GUAGAGCCAGCAGGUGGAGCAGGUCUGCACUUUUUUCGCAUAUGUUUUUUCGCUCUCUGUCGUCAUCAGUAAGGGACAGUAGAGGGACUGAGCGCAGUGGGUCUGGAGAUGGACAGUGAGGUACAGAGGGACGGCAGGGUGCUGGAUCUGACCGAUGAUGCCUGGAGAGAAGACCGGCUGCCCUACGAGGACGUGACCAUCCCUCUGAGUGAACUUCCAGAAGCAGAGCAGGAUAACGGUGGAUCAACAGAGUCAGUUAAAGAGCAAGAAAUGAAGUGGUCUGAUCUGGCUCUUCAAAGUUUACAUGAAAAUACUCCAAAUACAGGAACAUAGCGUAAUCGUAAUGAUGAUGAUGAUGAUGAUGAUGGUGGUGGUGAAAAAUAUGCAUGCAAGUUAUUGUGUGUAUGGUCACUGCCUCUAUGUUAGGUCUUUGGAGUAAAUGACCUGUUUCACUCAUGGGUGAAGGACUUUACUCACAGAUCUGGAGACUACACUUGUUAAAUAAUGCCUGGUGGCUUAAAUAGCCCAGAAUCAAAGAAGUGCUUUAACGUUCAAUUAUAUUUUGUGAUAUGUGAAUGAAGAGUAAAUGUUUUGUAUCUAAAAACCAUGUAAAGCUUCUUUCUGGAGCCUCUUCAUUGUGUUUCUGUCGGACACACCUGUGGAGAUGUGAGAAAUUGUUAGAAGAAAAUAAACUUAAAUAAAAUUAUGAAAUAAG